AAUGAAAUGAAGUGAAGUUGGCUGGCAGUAGGCUAGGCAGGUUAGGUUAUCUAUCCGUGUUUGUAAUAUGACUGUAAUCUUUGCUGUGUCUGGUCUGGUUCAAUAGUGGUUUGUACAAUGUGCAUGUGUUGUGAUCUAUGAAAAUAUUGUACAAGUAUAAACGAAGAGUUUUAUAGAACACAACAGUGAAAAUUAGAUAUACGUAUCAACGGGUUGUCAAGGUGAAAAAGGUUUGGGUUUAAUUUUACGUGCUUACUCUGGUUAUUAUGAAACCAGUAACAUUGAAAAGAAACAGUGAUCAUUCCGAGGAUGACCUUGUACGAUAUAAAAUAAAUAAAAAAUACAUAAACAAUGUUAACAAAUCAACUGCCAAGAAAACAAAGAAAGAAACCGUGGAUAUUGAUGACGACACUAUUCGUUACAAAUUGCCUACAAUUUCAACAAAAACAAACAAAGAGAAAAAGCCGAAAACCAAAACAAAAAUUAAAGUUAAUUUUUGGAGCAAUAAACUAACAAAUCGAUUAAAAAACACCGGAACUAAGAGAAACCAAUCAAACCAAACAAAUACCGAAGAACCAAAUAUAACCUCUUUAUUAUUUAAACCAAAAUCUACAGAUGUGAAGGUUCGAAAGCAAGUCUCAUUCCUUCCUUCACCUCUCUUCUUGGACAACCAUGUGCCAAUGGUUGCUGUGCCCGAUGAUUUAACAUUACAACUGAAUGAACAAGAGGCAAAUGACUUACAUGUUGAUUUAAAUGACACCCAGACAAAUACAAGUGAAGAUUCAAAUACACCUAAUGAAAGUAAAGUAAACUCACAAGCGAGUCCUAGAAGUAAUAGACAUAAAAGAGGCCUUAAUAACAAUGACAGGAGUCAAGGUAAUGAGAACGAGCUUGAAUUCUUCUCCAAAUAUGUUGUUCAGAAAUUAAGAAGAAUGGAAACGAAUCAACGGAUAUAUUCUGAGAAUUUAAUAAACACUGUACUAAUGUUAGGCCAGUUAGGGAAACUAAAUGGAAAGUCAAAAGUUAGUGAGCCAUAAUAGUGUUUUUACUUAGGUUGUGGUUUUUAAGCUUGUUUUUACAUGUUAUGUGAUUGCCUUUUUUUAUAUAUUAUGAGGUGGCAAAGGAGCAAGCGGCCACCUGAAUCCCCCAAAAUGGCAAAGCGACUGCUGGCCAUUGACAUUCACAAUAGCGGAUGCAUUGUCUACCCUUAAUAGACAGAGGAGGAGACGCACAUAAAGAAAAUGUUUCCCCUUCUAUGCGUCUCCCCCGCCGUCAAAUCCACGUCCCGUCCUAACCUAUUCUUAUGAGGAAAAGGGACUAAAGUUGGGCCUCCUGCCUUUUAAUACAUAAGUACAAAUUAUUUUAUUACAUGACAAUAUGUAAUGUAAUAAUCAGUACAUAUUGAAAAUAAAAUAUCUUCCUUUAAAUACCUAAAAGUACAUAUCUUUGUUGUUACCAUUUACUUUAUACUUUCUUUACUGAUUUUUAAACAUUUACAACUGGGUAUUUUGUUUUCAUUUUAAGAUGUUUUCCAUUAAUUGUUAAACAAAGUAGCUUGUUGCAAAUUGUUUAUGUAUUACUCAUAAAAUAGUAAAUGCACAAUUAAUGUUAUUUAAGGGUUGUACUAUGAGUAUGUACAAUAAUGAUGUAACAAAAAUAUUUUUAUAUACAUUUUAAUGUACUCAUAUUUUAC